AUGGCGCCGUCGCAGCUGAAGCAGCUAAAGGCAUCAUUACGCGAGGGUGGUAUUCUAGGUCCUCAGAAAUCAAAGAAGCAGCUUAAGAGCAACAAUAAAGAUGCUGCCGUCCGCCUUCGACGAAAUGCUGCUCUCGAGGGAAUUAGAGAGCGCUUCAAUCCGUUCGAAGUCAAAGCCCCUUCCCGAACACCAAAGUUCGAUAUUUCGAGCAACAAGCCAGUGAAGCGAACUAUUGAGCGGCCAGGUGUUACACGUGGACUAGGAGAGGAAAGAAGACGAGAAACUCUGCUGAAGGAGAUGCAGAGUCGGAAUAAAGUGGGUGGCAUGCGCGACCGACGUUUUGGAGAGGACGAUCCUACAAUGACUCCAGAGCAGAAGGCUGCUGAAAGAUUUGCUAGGCAGGCUUUAAGAGGUAGCAGAAAGAAUGACAUGUUCAACCUGGAAGAGGACGAGGACACAGAGUUGUCUUUGACCCAUGGUGGCCGUGCAUUGGAUUUUGGUGAUGAUGCACCAAUGUUAAAGGAUGACUACGACGAGGAUGAAGAUGAGUCAGAUGUUGAGGACUUCAAUGCCGUGGACGAUCGACCAAGAAAGAGACUGCGACUAGAUGGGGAUGAGGACAUGGCCGAAGAUGGAAAUGACAACGAUGUGCCGCAAAGGAAAAAGUCCAAGAACGAGGUCAUGCAGGAGGUUAUAGCCAAAUCAAAGGCUUAUAAGGCUGCUAGACAAGCUCAAAAGGAGGACGACGAUGAUUUGCGUGCUGAGCUUGAUCAAGGGCUCGGUGAUCUGUUUGCCGCUUUACAGGGGAAGAACUCGAAUACGAAGCAUCAACUACCAAGUCCUCCUACAACUGAUUCCGAGCCAUCAAUUGAUCCUGGUCGUGCAGCCAUGCUAGCCGGAAAAUCGAGAGAGGAGGCAGAGAAAGAGUACGAAAAGAACAUCAGACAGAUGAAGCUUGACGCAAGGUCGAAACCAAGUACUAGAACGAAGACUGAAGAGGAGAAGGCUGCUGAAGAGAAGGCUCGUCUAGAGGAGCUCGAGAGAAAUCGUUUACGGAGAAUGAGAGGUGAAGCUGAAUCGACCGACGAUGAAGACGACGACGAUGAUGAAGCUGGUGCUGACCUCACGAACGACGACCAAGACGAUGCUGAGAUGUUCGGCCUAGCACAGCCUCAACCGAGAUAUAUACCACAGCUCGAGGUUGAGGACGAGGAUCAGUUUGUCAUGGACGACAUCAUCGCAAGUGAUUCAGAGGCUGAUCUAGCGAGUGAUUUCGAAGGCAGUGAGUCUUCUGCUUUACAGGAACCAGUCGACGAUGGAGACGAUGAUUUCAUCAACGGUCUUGUUCUGCCUCCAAAGCCGACCAUACAAUCCAAUGUACCAGCUGCAAGAACUGGUAAUGAUACCAAAGAAUUGCCCUUCACAUUCAGUUGUCCGCAAGAUGUCGAGCAAAUAAGAUCAGAGACAAAAGGCAUCUCAGCCGAGAGCUUGCCCACAGCGGUUCAGCGCAUACGAGCUUUAUAUCACAAAGGUUUAGCAAAGGAGAACACAGAAAAGCUGGGCAAGUUUGCUCAAGCAUUAGUUUCGUGGGUUGUCGAUCUGGUUGAUGGAAAGUGCGAACAAAGUCCUUCAAUGCAAGUCAUCGAACAGCUUAUCCGACACGUACACUCCAUGGCCAAAGCCCAGCCACUCGAGGUGGCAGCUGGCUUUCGUCAGCACUUCCGACGCUUACUAGAGGACAAUCGAACCUUCACACCUGGUGAUCUAGUCCUGCUGACUGCCGUUGCUACUAUCUUCCCAACUUCUGACCAGUGGCACUCCGUGGUCACACCGGCUGCCCUCCUCGUGGGCAGAUUCCUCGCUCAAUCACCUUUGGAGACUUUGACAGACUUGGCGACUGGGACAUAUGUAUGCUCGAUCGCACUCCGUUAUCAGGCAAAAUCAGAGCGGUAUGUCCCCGAAGCCGUUGUCUUCAUGUGCAAAGCCAUUUCCUUGCUUGCACCUGUUGAGGGAUCUGCUGCCGUACCAAAGGAGACGCCUACUAUACAGCAUAGUACUGCUUGCCGCAUCGCACGUCGAGAGCCAACACCACCAGCUGAAAAGUUGGAUUUCAACGAUCUUCGUGCUCUAUCCUCUGGUAAAAAGCCUCCUAGAUCCACGAUCACUCCAGAGUCCCUUCUUCUCAUACUACUCAAGCUCAGCAUACCAGUGGUCGACUACUACACCUCCAAAUCCGCAUUUCCGGAACUCAUCUCACCACUCAACCAUCUUGUUGCUGUCAGACUCAGCCAUCCUAAGAACCUCGCUCUUCUCCACAAGUCAACCCAGAGCGCCGUCGCAUCGCUGUCCGCCUCAUUCAACACAGCCAUCGAGCUCGCCAUAUCUACUCGCAAGCCUCUGUACUUGCAUGCUCACCGUCCCCUGGCGAUCAAGUCCGCGUAUCCUCUAUUCAGUGACAACUACAAUCCGGAACGUAGACAACGUGAUCCUGACGAAGAGCGUGCCGAACUCAACAAGCUUAAGAAUGAGCAUAAGAAGGAACGCAAGGGCGCCAUGCGUGAGCUGCGAAAGGACGCGAACUUCAUGGCCAGGGAGCAGCUUAGAGAGAAGAAGGCGAAGGAUGAAGCCUAUGACAAGAAAUUUAAGAGAUUGGUUGCUGAGAUUCAGGGUGAAGAAGGCCGAGAGGCCAAGGAAUAUGAACGUGAGAAGGCCAAGAGGAAAGGUAGAUUUUGA